UAUCUUCGACAACACUUCAAGGCUGGAGAGAACGUCCUCCUUAUUCCCAUUCACUCAAGAUCCAAAAAUUUUCCUAACUUAAGAAAUCAACUCUCUUCCGAUGGGAAGUAUGAAUCUCGUCUUUUCUCCUCUGGUGGAUACAACUGGAGGAUGGUCAUAUACCCAAAAGGGAACGACAAUGAUUUUGGUAUUGGUUUUAUAUCAAUGUAUGUGGAAAUAGAUACCACAAGCCUCACGUCUAAGCAACCAAGCGAGGUGUUUGCAGAUCUCCGGUUUUUCGUCUAUAACAAAAAAGAAAACAAGUACUUUACUAUUCAAGAUGUAGAAUCGAAGUCGUUCAAUGCAUUAAGAAGGGUGUGGGGAUUUCCCCAAGUGCUUUCGCUUGAUACAUUCAGUGACCCUAUAAACGGAUAUAUCUUUGGAGAUGAAUGCGAAUUUGGUGUUGAUGUCAUUGUUGCACCAUCACCUACCAAUUGGGAAGUCCUCUCUUUUGAUGACAAACCCUCUUAUCCCAAGUUCUCUUGGACUCUUAAGAAUUUCUCUGACCUGAAAGAUACUUUUUACAAAUCAAGCACUACGUAUUGGUACAAAUCAAAGUUAGGUUGGGGAUUUAGUCAGUUUGUGUCUGUAGCUGAACUUCCGAAGGCUUACUUGGACAAGGAGAGCAUGAGGAGGAAGUUUUUAGAUUAUAUAUUUAGUUAU